UUUUCGUCUUACAGCCCACAGUGUGCUUCUUACCUGCUGCGCAAACAAGCUCUGUACAACGACAUGAGCCGAUAUGUAUGCUGUGCGGGUCAGUGCCCCUGCAGUGGCAGGAUGAAGGAGCAACAAUGUCCAGAGGUCUGCUUGGCAGCAGAGGUCUGCUUCUGCUUCACGCAAUCUGUCGCGUCAACCAGAUGGAUGAUCCAGGAUGAGAUGCGCAUUCAGAACACCCAGUGCGACAACUGCCUCAUCGGCUGCAUGAUAGCAAUGCAGUACGUGGCCUGCCUCUGCAACAUCGCAGCCUGCCUGUCUGGCAACAAUGAGGUCGGCGAGCUGGCCCACUGCACCGACAACAUCGCCCAGGUCGCCUGGUGCACGGUGUGCGCAUGCAUGCAGGCACAGCACAAGGAGCAGCUGGACGAGCGCGACCAGCAGCAGGGGCCGCCACCGCCCAACCCGCUUCAGGCGCCGGGCGUGCAGAUGAUG